AUGGGAGCUGAGCUUAGCAAGACUUCCACAAUGGAUGAGACCUCAGACGAGCCUCCCACUUCUGCUGUUCUCUUAGACAACUGCCACUUCUCACAGGUCAUCUUUAACAACGUGGAGAAGUUUUAUGUUCCCGGAGGAGAUAUAAUCUGUCAUUAUACCCUGACGCAGAACAUUGUUCCUCGCGGGAAGGACUGGGUGGGCAUCUUCCGAGUGGGAUGGAAAACAACUCGGGAAUACUACACAUUCAUGUGGGCUCCUCUGCCCGGUGAUGCCCACAGGGAUACCGCUGUGCAACAACAGAUCCAGUUCAAAGCUUACUACCUACCAAAAGAUGACGAAUACUACCAAUUCUGCUACGUCGACCAGGAUGGCGUGGUCCGGGGAGCCAGUGUGCCUUUCCAGUUCAGAGCAGAGACUGAGGAUGAUAUCCUGGUGGUUACCACACAGGGAGAAGUGGAAGAGAUUGAACUACAAAACCAAAAUUUGCGUAAAGAAAACGAGGAGCUGAAAGCAAGCUGUGCAAGUCUCCAGAAGCAAAACAUCGAUCUGCAGGAAGAGCUCAACAAGACACAGGAGCUGCAGAAUAGUUUAGAGUCUCUAAGGAGCAACACAGAGAAACUGGAGCUGGAGCUGAAUUCUCUGAAAAAGGAAAAUAAACAUCUAAAGGAGCUGGAUGACUGCAGAGAAGCAGAACUGCAGCAACUCAAAGAGCAAAUUCAGAAUGUGACCUCUGACAAGGAACACCUGGAAACCAGACUGAAAACAGCCCUGGAUCGCAUGGACCAGCUGCAGUCUCAAGUGUUGAAUUACGAGAAAGAAAUGGAAAACCUGUCUCAUACGACCCAUGACAAGACAGAGCAGCUUGAAAGUUUAAAGGAAGAAAAUCGUCAGUUACGCAUGACUAGAACCCAACAGCAUCAAAACCGUGACUUAAUGAAAGAACUUGAGGAACAGAAGCGUUUGUUUCAGAUUCUGCAGGCAAAAAAGAAUGAAGCCGAUGAGGAAAAUCAGAAACUAAGGGAAGAGAAUGAUGGACUCCUGAGGCAUCUCUCACAGGCUGGAGAGGUUUCUUCCUUCUCUUUUGUUUCACAAGCUCAAGCUCCAAUUCCAGCUCCUGAAGUAGGAGGCCUUCUGUUUGGAAAUCAGUAUUGUGGAGCAAACCUGGGGGCAGGAGCUGCAGACAUAGCUUCUAUAAGGAAGUGCCCCAUAUGCGAUGAAGUAUUUCCUGAAGAUAUUGAAACAAGUCAGUAUGAGGCCCAUGUGCAGAGCCAUCUUCUGGAGUGCCCACUCUGCAGUGAGACCUUUGAAAAGUCCAAUAAGCAGGUGUUUGAUGACCAUAUUUUUUGUCAUGGCCUGGAAUAA